ACAAAAAUAUUUGAUGAACUUUUUUCUUCUCUCUCGCUGCCUCAGACGGGACAGAGGAGGGAGUCGUGGGAUCUCGAUGGCACUGGAAUUAAAGACCCUUGUUUACUGGAAGUAUUGUUUAGGACAACAUUGUGAAUUUUUCUGAAGGAUGAUUUAACGCUGACCGCAAAGCAUCCGUUUGGAUAAACUUUUAUAUAAAGCGAGAAGAAAGGCUUUUUAUUUUUCUGGCAGAAUCACAACCCAGACGCAGGUAAAUCACUUUUGCGUCAUGGCGCGCUGAUGACAGAGCGCUAAAGUUCUUAGAAAACCUCUGGGAAAGUUUUUUGUGGCGCACUUUAAGGACUCGCAGGAGAUUGAGAUCGGAUCACUGGGUCUUGAUCCGGAGGACGAUGGGGGCCGCGCCGGGCUCGGGUUGGGAGGAGGGCGAGUUCGAGUUCAAGCUGGUGUUUGAGGAGGACCCGCCUCAGCGACAGAUCCAGGGGCCGUCCCCGGUGCACACAGCCGAGCCGGAGAGCUCCGUCGCCGGGGAAGAAGAAAGUGAUGGCGCCCUGUUGCGGCUGGACUCCAACAAUCUGGGUACGGACAACCACUUAGCCAACGCUCAUGCAGGACACUCAAUCAACAUCCCCAGCCCGCCGCCUUCGUCCAAUCAGCGGGCAGGGAUGCAUUCGCCACCUCCCCGACGGGCCGCCGUCAGAGAGUUCAGCGGUACCUAUGAGAGCCUACCGGCCCGCUCUGUGCAGGUUUCAGAGUCGUGUGUGGUUGACUGUCCCAGCAUCCAGAUAACCACCAUUUCACCUGAGGAUGACCCAGCACCCAUCAUUCCCAACUACUGGGACAUGGGUAGCAGUGGUAGGUGGGACAGAGAGCGUCUCUACCUCCCCCUGCUGGACCCCUUUUCUUACCGUGACAGGUUCCCGGGCUCCCUCAGCCCCAGCCCCGCCUCAAGCCCUUCAUCCCGAGGCUGGCUAAGCCCUGCUUCCAGCUGCGACUCCCUGCUGGUGGAGGAAGAGGAGCUCAAUGAGGCCACCAUCAGUUUCGGACUCUCUCCGUCCUCUAGGCCAACUUCUCCUGGGGGUAAAAAGCGCAGGAACUCUCCUCUGGCUUCUCCCUGCAUCUCACGGAGAGGCAGUUACUCGGAGGACCUGCAGGGGUGUAACCUUGAAGGUGGAGAGUCCACCUCUCAGUCUCAAGCGAUUCCCAGCAGCUGUGAGCUCAACAUCCCGCAGAAAACCAGAAAGACGUCACUGGAGCAGUUGUCUCCAAGGGAGGUGGAUCAAGAGCAGGUUCUGGCCCGAAACUCUCCAUGCCAGCUGCCGGAGACCCAACAGACCAGGAGAGAGCCUCCACCACUGGGAAUGGACUACCUCCCAGUGCCCCCUGCACUGGCCUGGGGCAGAACCAGAGCUAGUGCCCACAGUCCUCUAUUCAGGUCUAAUGCUCUGCCUCCACUUGACUGGCCGUUGCCAUCCCAGUUUGACCAGUAUGAGCUGCGCAUCGAGGUGCAGCCCCGCCCACACCAUCGAGCCCACUAUGAAACGGAGGGCAGCAGAGGUGCCGUCAAAGCUGCACCAACAGGACAUCCUGUUGUCAAGCUGUGUGGAUACGCAGAAAGGAAGCCGCUGUCGUUGCAGGUUUUUGUCGGAACAGCUGACGAUCGCUCAAUCAGGCCACACCCUUUCUAUCAGAUACACAGGGUGACUGGGAAGAUGGUCGGCACUGCUAGCCAUGAAAGCGUCCAGGCCGGGACCAAACUGCUGGACAUCCCUCUAAACCCCGAGAACAACAUGACUGCACUCAUCGACUGCGCUGGGAUUCUGAAACUACGAAAUUCCGACAUUGAGCUAAGAAAAGGAGAAACAGACGUCGGGAGAAAAAAUACCCGCGUCCGUUUGGUGUUUCGUACUCACCUCCCUGCAGCGCCCCCUGUGGCCCCUUCUGGACGAGUCUUGGCUCUGCAGGUUGCCUCUUUGCCCAUCGAAUGCUCUCAGCGGUCAGCCCAGGAGUUGCCCGUCAUUGAGUCCGUCAGUCUUACAUCCUGCUGUGUGGAGGGAGGCGAGGAGCUCCUGCUGAGCGGUACCAACUUCCUGCCGAUCUCCAGAGUCCUCUUUAUGGAGAGAGGGUCCGAUGGUAAAUUACAGUGGGAGGAGGAGGCGCAUGUUGACCGGGACAACAGCAACGAGUGUUUGCUGUGUGUGAGGGUUCCUGCCUACAGCGACCUCUCCAUUAGUCGGCCUGUGUCCGUCAGUCUGUACGUCUCCAAUGGGAAGAGGAAGCGGAGCAGCACUCACUGCUUCAAGUAUCUGCCCGUUAUGUUUAAAGAGGAGGAUCCUUUGCUUUCCCGACCCUCUGUGCCACCUCUGGAUGGGGGUACUGUGUGUCCGGCUGGGGGGCCACUCAGAAUGGACAGGGGCUACCAUGUGUCCGAUGACCGGGGUCUUGGCUUCCACCUGCCCCCCUACCCCUCGACCUACUCCCCUCCCUGCCCACCCAUUAGUUAUCACGAGGAAUUCUGCUCCAAACCGGACAGCACUGUGGAGGAGCCAAGUGGGUCUAGGGCGGCCCUGUCCGAGCGUCACCCCAGUUUUGAGAACCUGGAAUUAGGCUUUACUGAACUACUCCCCCCUCUGUAUCCUCGCGGUCCACAGCCUCCUUCCCCGUCCCCUUCUCCAUGGCUGGACUCUCCCUACCUCUCCUCUUCACCCUCCCCAUCCCACUCCUCCUCUCUCAGCCCGUUCCCUACUGAGAGUCCCCUCGCAAACUCCCCCCUGCCUCUAAUCCCUACCUCGCCUUUCCCGCAGUACUCUGCCUAUCCUCAGGAGGUGUGUCCCUCCCCUCCCUCCAACCCUUACCAGGACACCUGUCCAGCACCUUACUCCCACUUCGAGGGCUGGGAACCUCAGGGAAGGAUGCUGGGCACGGGACACGGGGGAGAGGGCAAUGCCAAGAACCAUGAGUGUCCUUUGGAGUUUACCAGCUCUGCCUCUAUGCACCACAUUACCUUUGAAGAAGUGUCAGAGUUCAUCGGCGAGGACAUCCAGGCCUACCAGUCAGGCUCGCACAUGAACAACCAGUCCAACUGAUCUCAACGCAGCUUUUGAUGGACCCCGUUUGACAUUCAGUGUCUUUUUAAAUUCCCUUUGCACUUGGUAUUAAGAUGGGUUACUGCAGUAGCACAUAACCAACAGGGGAAUCUGAUAGGAAAUUUAUGCAAUUUUAUUCCAACCACUGUUUUAUAAAGGGAAACUAAUGUUUUAAAAUAUCUGCCAAAAUAAAUUAUAUACUAAACUACA